UGUCAUAUACUUAUAUACAUUUUUUUUACUCUGUCCGCUGGUCGAUAGCGCUGUGGCUGAGCUCAAACCUAUUGUACUUUGAUUCAUACUAUUUCAUGUCGUUUUAAAUAAGCAAAGUGUUAAGUACUAUUGACGCUCUGAGUGUCAAGAUUCUGAAACAUUCCGGUAUCAUUAAGAUGAUUUUAUUAAAUUAUCAGUCGUUUUUUAAUAAUGCGAUGCUGGUCUUGUGUUACAGUUUCGUCACUUUGUGCCAAGCGUAUGAAAACAUUGCACUUAACAAACCUGCUUACCAAAAAAACCAAUAUGAGAAAGGGAAUAAUACUUUUGACGCUAGCAAUGCAGUGGAUGGACUUAAAUCAAACCUACAUUGGAGUGGAGGUCAAUGUGCUGUAUCAGCUACAAACGAAGAAACCGCCACCUGGUGGGUUGACCUCGGCAGUAUCAACAGCAUUCAUCACAUUACACUUUAUUAUAGGACAGAAAACAAAAAGUGGGAUUACAGAAACAACGCAACUUCCAGCUUCCUUGGAUUUUCAUUGUAUGUCUCCAACACAACAAAUAGAUUACAAGGAACUUUGUGUUUCAAAGAUGAUUACUUCAAUAGAAGCACCAUACCUGCAGUAUUCAAUACUACUUGUCAAGUACAAGGGCAAUAUGUCAUCUACUACAACGAGAGAUUACAUGGGGUUUCCUAUCCUAGCGAUUAUAAUGAGUAUGCUGAGAAUGAUCUAUGUGAAGUGGAGGUGUAUGGUUGUCCCAUCCACGGAUCUUACUUUGGGAAUUAUCUUGUGUCAAAUACAAUGACAUGUCAAUGUUCCAAAUGUAAACCUGGAUUCUUUGGUCGUCGAUGUGAAUUUGAAUGUGACGUUGGUCAUUAUGGAUACAACUGUAAUGAGACAUGUGGUCACUGUAUUGAUAAACUACAAUGUUUUCAUGUGGAAGGAACUUGUCUAAGUGGAUGUAAAGCAGGAUAUUCUGGACAAACGUGCAAAAAAAAUUGCAUUGUAAGUCAAUAUGGAUACAACUGUAAUGAAACAUGUGGUCAUUGUAAGGAUCCGAUACAAUGUUCUGCUGUGACCGGAACCUGUCUCACCAGAUGUAACGCUGGAUAUGUUGGACGAUUGUGCAAAGAAGAAUGUGUGUUCGGUCAUUAUGGAUACAACUGUAAUGAAACAUGUGGUCAUUGUAAGGAUCCGAUACAAUGUUCUACUGUGAGCGGAACCUGUCUCACCGGAUGUAAGGCCGGAUAUGUUGGACGUUUAUGUAAAGAAGUAUGUGUGUUUGGAUACUAUGGACAUGGAUGUAUUAAGGAAUGCAGCAAAUUUUGUAACAGAUCACGUGACUGUAACCCUGUGUCUGGUUUUUGUAAUGGCGGAUGUAGAAACGGAAAGAAAGGGAGUUAUUGUCAAGAGGAUCGUAGCUUAAGUGGCAGAACAAUAGAGUUUUAUUGUUUUAUUGGUGCCCUUGGCCUCUCGACCAUCGUCAUUGUAGUACUCAUCAUCUGCAUUAUCUUGAAAAGGAGAAACAACAAACACCAAGAAAGAGGCCAAGAACAAUUAAGAAAUACAGUCGACAUCCCCGUUGCUUACCACGCUGGAGGUGCCUGUGGUGAAUACAUAGAAUUUAGGGAAGGAAAUACUGAUAAUCCAUAUGAUAGAAUCCAGGAAAGGUCAAAUGUAAGAUAUAACAAAUGAAAAUCUUCUGAAUACAAUAUGUUUUUACAUUUGCUAAUAGAUAUACUAAUCUAGUAAAUGACUCUUUUACAAACCGAUUAAUUUGCGAUAUUGAAUUUAGAUAAUAAUGUUUUGGCACAUUAGCUUUUAACUUUAAACUAGAGCUAAAUUAUUGAUCAAAAUCAUAAAAAUUUCUCUGAUAAGAUAAAACAAAUGUGAUGUGUUAGUACAUUGCUCAAUAAAAAAAGAAUAAUCAACAGAGAUUUCCAGAAGAUAACUAUUUUCUGUGUGAUUUUUUAAAUUUUGCUUUUUGUUGCAUUUUUUGUACUCAAGAUUGAUUAUUUCAAAGACAUUUCUGGGGUCUAAGUCUGAAUCUGGACUGAUCAGGUGAUAAUUAUUUUUUAUAAUAAUUA